UUAACCUCGUUAUCUGAACCGAUGAAUAAAUAAAUAAGCCAACCAUCCCAUAUUCCUUCAAGUAAACGUUUUGGAGUAAAUUGUAGCGACAUUGUCUAGGUUGACCAAACGAAAGAAAAUAAAGUUAACCUCAUGCAGGAUAAGUUGAACAUUCAUAUUAAUGAAUGAUUUCCAUUAACUAAUUGACCCGCCUAAGUGGAUCUGACAAAUGGGUGUAAUUAUCAAAUGGUACUCAUCAAUUCUAAUCCAAAUAUAAUGAACCUAAUUAAAAGGUCGAGUUGGUUCUAACAGUGUGUAUGCUGAGUGGAUUUAACAUAUUAUAGCACUAAGAUUUCUGCAAAGCAUGAAAUAAAUGCUUGGCGGAAAAAUUUUGUAAAAACAUUUAGCCAUUUGUAUGGAAAUAGGCAGACCGCCUAUUCUGUCCGAAGCAGUUUGCAGAAUCACACGGAUGGAUGUAAUUUAAUGCCUUUUGGAACACGAUCUGCAAAGUUUAAUGAGUGAUUUAAUACUUUUCUCUAAAAUAUAUAAGAGUGGACACUGUCAAUCGAAUUCUCACCGUGCUCGUAACAAUAACUGCAAAUCCAAAGUGUUAUCAUUAAUAGAAGGUAGCAAUAAAUAUCUGGAAUAGUAGAAACAUGACAGAAAUAGCUUUUUGUCGGUCCGGAGCAUUUGCCACUUUCAACAGUCUGUUUUCUUCAACAACGCCAGCCGUGAAGAAACUCUUAGGAUGGAAGCAAGGAGAUGAAGAGGAGAAAUGGGCAGAAAAAGCAAUCGAAUCGUUGGUGAAGAAGUUGAAAAAGACGAAGGGAGCAUUUGAAGAGUUGGAACGGGCCUUAAGCAAUCCCGGAGUUCCAAGUAAAUGUGUGACCAUUGCUAGAAGUUUAGAUGGGAGACUCCAAGUGUCUCAUCGUAAGGGAUUACCGCACGUAAUUUAUUGUCGCGUUUGGAGAUGGCCUGAUUUAUUGUCUCCGCAUGAAUUGAAGCCUCUGGACAUAUGUCAGUUUCCGUUUGGUGCUAAACAGAAAGACGUCUGUGUUAAUCCUUACCAUUACAAAAGAGUUGAAAGUCCAGUAUUACCACCGGUUUUGGUGCCGAGGCAAUCUGAAUAUCCACCAGGGCACGCUAUGUUGCCUUGUCAUCAAGAUCCAGAGUCGACAAUGCCCCAUAAUGUCGCCUAUACUUUGAAUGGAUUUAAUUCUGGGGGGAGAACCAUUUCCAAUGUUUCCGGUCACGAUCCAAUGUCAACAGUGUCGUCUGAGGCAUUAACCAGUCCUUAUCCUUAUGCCUCUUUUAAUACCAAUGAGACACCUCCACCUGCUUAUGCAUCUUCUGAAGAAGGUUCUCUGUGCGGAAAGUCGUCUUCUCCUGAUUUCCAUUCGUUAGACAUGCACGAUGGUUAUUUGGAUCCAGUGUCUUUUGAGGAGACUAAGGUUUGGGCGAGAAUUGCUUAUUACGAGUUAAACACGAGAGUUGGAGAAAUGUUUCAUUGUGAAUCCAAGUCGAUUAUUAUUGAUGGAUUUACUCAUCCAGAAAAGAAUUCUUCAAGAUUCUGCCUAGGACAACUUUCAAAUGUUAAUCGUAACUCUACCAUUGAGAAUACAAGAAAACAUAUUGGAAAAGGAGUGUAUCUGUGUUAUGUUGGCGGAGAGGUUUAUGCCGAGUGUUUGUCCGACUCAUCGAUCUUUGUACAAUCCAGUAACUGUAAUUAUCGUCAUGGCUUUAAUCCCAGCACUGUUUGCAAGAUAGUUCCCGGAUGCUCGUUGAGAAUUUUUAAUAAUGCCGAAUUCUCAGAUCUACUCUCAAAAAGGGUUUACGAAGGAUAUGAGGCUGUUUAUGCAUUGACAAAAAUGUGUACUAUAAGGAUGUCAUUUGUGAAAGGUUGGGGAUCAGAUUACCAUCGCCAAGACGUUACCUCAACCCCCUGCUGGAUAGAAAUCCAUUUAAAUGGACCACUGCAGUGGUUAGACAAAGUUUUGACACAGAUGGGACCACCACCAAAUCGUAUUAGUUCUGUAUCAUAAUCCCAACAAUACUUGCUAAAUUUAUCAUUGCUCAUUCACGUAAUUACGAACUCGAUACAAACUGUACAUAUUGUGAAUUAUAUAGUUUUUAAUUGAUAGUGAAAAAGAUUCGAUACUUGUAAUACAUGUAUGAGCAAUACAAUAUAUACUGUCUAGACUAUUAAUGUGAUAUUUCAUGGCAAAUAAUGGCAAAUCACUCAUCCAUCACAAAUAUGACAGUAUUGGUUGUUUACUAAUUCUUCUAAAAUCUCCACGAUCUUCGCCCGCGCCAUCAUUUCUAUCGCGACUUUUUCAUGCUGAUCAAAUAAACUUUUUCAGCCACUAUUGUAUUCAUGUCUUACCCGAUAUUCGCAGAUAUCGUCGAGAUUUUGUAUAGGAAAAAGAAUAUAAUUUUGCCGAAAUUAAAAAAACAAUUAUUACUGCCACAGUAAUAAUAGUAAUAAUAGUAAUAGUUUUUUUAAUUUCGGCAAAAUUCUAUGUUUUCAUCUUCAAACUCCGUCAAGUGUGGACAUCAGGAUGAAUUUUAUCAGCCGUUAUUCAAUUGAUUCGGAUAAUUUUUGUUAUGUUAUCAU